ACGUGUUGCAUACUUUUGGUGGCGCACUAUCGUGAAUCGCCCGUAGUAUGCAUUCCCACUUGUUUAACUAUAACCCAGGCGGCCGCGGUUCUCAUUGUGAUCACUAGUGUAGUAUGAGUCAUUUCAUCAACGAAAUAUGGGAACAACUAACUUGGAGGAUUUUUUUUCCCGGUUAUUGUUGCAACCGUGAGUAAAAUAUGGGACACAAAUCGAGAUGCAACUAGUAAUCUCAGGGACCAUUCGAUCAAUAGAUUGUAGGGAACAUGCCUGAGUAAGGGCGCCCUCAUACCUCCAUUAUCGGUACACGUCACGGAGGUAAUUAACAUAAAGUUUAUACUUUGGGGCGCUUCCCAGGAACGCAGUGUCAAUGUGGUCUCUUUGCUUUGGGGUCUCGAAUGUAGAACCGGUCUCUCUGCAUUUUGCUUCUAUUAAUUUGCAGGGAGCGUUUCCUUGGCCAUGCUCCUGAGUGUAGGGGAGUGUCAAUGCAAGGAAACCCUAGUAAAUACUUAUCAUUGUAUAAAUAUUUCACACGAUCUUCGGUCGGAGAAAUUGUAAGAUUUACGGGGCUCAACGUGCUUGUUCAUUCGCCCUGGAGCCUUCAGACCCUCCUGGAAUCACGUUCAUCCUACAGCCCCUGUAUGAGCCUUUUCGUCUGAGUUUCCACGUGAAGACCGAGCGCGAUGCCAUGUUAGUCUUGGCGGAAGAAAAGACAGAAGAAUCUUCGUUUGCGUGGAUAACCGUCGGUGGCUUCAAUAUGCACAAGUCAGCCGUAAGAGCCUGCUUUUCGCCCGAUUAUUCAACUAUUUGCGAGCAGCUGCUCGGGGGACGAUCAGUUUACGACCACGAGGAACUUCUCGUCACUGCCGAAGAAAGCCGCCCCUUCUGGGUCGCUUACAAGGACGGCAUAGUGACCGUGGGUAAAGGAGGACACGACCAGGCUUUCUUAGAGUGGAACGCCACAGCAUACCACGGCGACAUAUCAACUCCGGUACACGUCGGUAUAUUUGCCUGGAGAAACGUACCUGGAGAGUGGGUGUUUUACUAAUUCUGUGCCUAAUAAACCGAAGCAAGUGUUGAAGAAGUAAAAAAAUAAAUUUAUUUUUGAAAGGUCUGAGAGUAGAGGUAGCCACUACAGUGUGCAAUUUGAUCUUUUGAAAGAAACCUGGCACUUAAUUGACAAAAUCAAUUAUCUUCAGGCAAACUUGAAUUCUCAGUUCUUAUUGGUCGAUCCAUGGCAACAAACAGUGUGAUAUAUAACCGUAAUGCACGGUUCAUAUCAAACCCUGAGUAAUGAUCUGUUCUAACUCGACACAUUGUGCUAGUUUUACGCUAAAAGCAAACGCACAUAUCUUCAUGACUAUAAAGUCAAAAGUGUCGAGUUUGCUCGUGCUGAUCGUCAUGUGUUUAAAUGCACUAACAAUUCUAACAAUGCCCUUUCUUAGUGUUAACCCUGUUGCAAUUGUUGUUAUUAAAAAUAAGUUGAAACACAAAUAAUUUCCAUGCUCCCUUGAUAAAAUUGCAGAAUUGUGGUACAUCGGUGUUAUUGUUUUGGUUGUGCGCCGUAUGAUAUCUUUUGUCUUCUUUUUUAUGUAAAGCGCGCAUAGGCCCCUUUACCUUCAGUAGUGUGCGUCAAGUUUGCUUGAAGAUAAAUUCGUUAUCACUCUCGUGUGAUAAUUCAUAUUAACAAACAACAAAAACUACAACAUCAGCUUCUGGCAUUAUCAAUGACACCAGUUAAAAAUAACACGAAUCAACACAAAACAGAACAUUUUCCAAAUUUUGAAUUUAAAUGUCCGAUUCUUGAAAUGCCACCUCCAGUCCUGGAUGAACACCAGCUUGAGUCAAUUCAACGACAAAAGAGUCAAAGAGUCGAAUGUAGAAACGUUCUCUCUGCACAGUUUACUUCUAUUAAUUUGCAGGGAGCAUUUCCUUGGCCAUGCUCCUGAGUGUAGGGGAGUGUCAAUGCAAGGAAACCCUAGUAAAUACUUAUCAUUGUAUAAAUAUUUCACACGAUCUUCGGUCGGAGAAAUUGUAAGAUUUACGGGGCUCAACGUGCUUGUUCAUUCGCCCUGGAGCCUUCAGACCCUCCUGGAAUCACGUUCAUCCUGCAGCCCCUGUACGAGUCUUUUCGUCUGGAUUUCCACGUGAAGACCAGGCGCGAUGCCAUUUUAGUCUUGGCGAAAGAGAUGACAGAGGAAUCUUCGUUUGCGUGGAUAAUUUCGAUGGCGUCACGUUGAUUUACCACUGGCCGCACCCUCCUGAUGAUUUUCAUGCUUGUCGACGUUGUCCAAGGAGCCAUUCGGCAAGGAAGCGCUGGUUCUGCGGCAGUUUCAGGCAAGAUGGAACCGACCCCGUCUGUUCUGUUGCUAUUCCUUACUGCUUUGUUUAAUUCACAAGCAAAUGUUACUUUCGCUGAGAGUAAAAUGAGGACACUGCAUUUCGGUGAUGUAUCCCCGGCUGGUCCUGAUGACACGUUCGACAGGCGUGUCUGGUUGAAAGCAGCCAUGCCAAAGAGAGAGGAUCGGUGCAUCAAGAUGGCUGAGCACAAAGAACCGGAACCAAGUGGAAACACGGUGUGCGGGGUGAUGUUUGAGCAGUCUGGCCCGAUAUGGCAUCCCGCUGCAGGUCAUUUUGACUCGCCCGUCCAACGACUGGAGUUCAGCGUUCAACCAGUUAAUGGUGAUCCGGUCAUUGUGCAUCUGUAUGAUGUGAACAGUAAUGACCUCUACCGACUCGUACUCGCCCAGCAGUACUGUACCAUCAGCCGUCGGUACGAACCGUUGGACUCUGCAAUGACCAAGGGACUUGACCUUCGCGGUGUUAGUCGUUUCUGGCUGGCCCAUACGGACACCGAGGUGCAGGUAGGCCAGGCUGGCGGCAGUGCGCCCAUUGUGCGUAUACCCGAUGCAGAUCCCUCCCAGCAUGCCGUUCGACGCAUUAAGUUUUUGAUCUCGGCUUACAAGGAGUGGCAUAUCUACGCGCCCUGCCUUGAUGACUAAACUGGUAAUAGCAGACACGAGACGCGCCUCUCGUCAAGAUACAAAAGAUGAAUUUCCAAUUUUUCUUUGUGUGAUUGGCCUGGUGUUCAAAACCCAAACUUGAAUUCAAACCUAACCACCACCGCCGAAAAGAGUUAACUACAUUGAAUAUAAAAUACUUAUAUACCAAGAAACAAAGGACGACGGAAAAGCAUAAACAAAGUAGCAAAACACCCUGACAAGCACUCCACUGGACAACCGGCCAAACUAAAAUCUUUACUGUGGUUUUGGAAGUGUAGUGUUAAAACAGUUAGUGAAUUGAACAUGAUAUGUAACUAGAUCAGAAUAUAUAAAAUAUUUAAAGAGCAUUGUAAAAAGAGGCAAAUUGAUUUCAACUCCAACGGCGUCACCUUGAGUUCACAUGUUUACUUGAUAUUAUUGUUGGUGUGGUUAAUGUUACCAUUCGGAUUUUUUGUGCGUGAAAAACUGGACCUGUACGAACGGUUGGAAAAGGCCAAAAUAGCCAGGACAGACACCGCAAUAUGACUGGGUCAAACCAAGGCAGGGUAAAAAACGCAUUUAUCGCAUACAUUUGAUCAAUUUCUGGCUCAUUUUAACCUAUAAACAAAAAGUUCAUGUUGCCCACUAUUUUGGCACAACCCAGUUCACUGGGUGUACUAUGCACCCUCACUUGUUAAUUCUAUAACCCAGACAUUUUUAAUGCGGUGAUCAUUGUGCAGUGGAAUAAUUCUGUCCUGGAAAUUUGGGAGGAAUAAUUCUGUCCUGGAAAUUUGGGAGGGGGAAUGGCGAAAGGUAGAGGGAUGACUUGCCCGGCCAUGGAAAUUUGAAAAGCGAGGGGGUGACAUCAUAUACACUGUACGGGGGUGGUGUUCAUGGUAAAGAUACCACACUUAUAUAGCGCCCUCAUCCAAAAAGGCUGUAAGGCGCUCUACAAUAUAAAACAAUAAAAAUAAUAGAUAUAUUAAUAUGUUAAGAAUACAAUACAGUUAAAAUAAUACAUAAAAAUACAUGCGUAUCUGUAAUGUGUAUGAAAUUGAUGCAGAAUCUUACAUCGGAAUGGCAUAUUAACAUUUGCCUUAUCUUUUCAGUGAUAUUGCAAACAUUGUAGUCGUCUGGAAAUCCUGUACUUUAAAUCCGCUUUAUUAUUUUUUGCUCAUCACAAAAAGUGGCGGGGAUGAUUCAACAGUUUAAAAAGUGUGUGUCUGUGUGGGAGGGUAUACCCCUCAUCACCGGGAUUUACGCCCAUGUCAUUGUGAUGUAAAUUAUUUCAUCAAAGAAAAUUGGUAAUAGCUGAAUUCCCCAGCUGUCGUUGCAGCCUUGAGUAAAACGUUGGAAGUAAGUCGUAACUGGAUAAUUCGCAAACUGAGGCUGAGUUCGGGCAGCUUGUUCUCGUAUGCUCACGAAUUGUUGUUCGUGGGUCUGCCGCUCGGAAGCCAGGGAAUGUUCAACCGGUUAUCGCUGGUAUGGUGGCAAGUAACAUGGCGGCUUCCAUGUACGUUCUUUGAGGGUUAAGUUUUGGAUAACUGAGCUGAAGUCUAUUUAUAAAGGAACAUUCGUUUCCAUGUUAUGGAAAAUUAUUUCUGUUAAUUUUGCAAAACUUCCCAUUGUCUCCGGCUUUGUAAG